CUACAAUUCCGCCAAAAAUUUAGCAUUUUGGUGAGCCUGAAAUCAACCGAUGAAUCCUGUCCUCAAUUCUUCUUCUGUGGUAUCCUCACAUCUAAUCUCUCUUCCUUCAUACACAUAUGUGCGAUCAUUUAACCUCCAACUCAUACCAUACACAAUCCUAUCUUCCUCUAUCUUCUCGUGGCUCUCAAAUCUUCAAGAUUUCAAUUUCACACACACACCCUUUUGCCCCUUUUCUUUCUUUAACUCAUAUUCUUGUAAAAAGAUUCAAACUUUUCAAGAUUCAUACGUUGGGUGAUGAUGGGAACUCAUCAAUAAGUUAUACCCAUUUGGUUGGAUAGUUUGAUAUUCAGGUUUAUUGUUGAUCAAUCUCUAGUGGAGUUAUCAAAUUUCUGUAAAGAUGGGUGAUGUAGCAAAGGAUUUAGCUUCUGGAACAGUUGGAGGGGUGGCCCAAUUGGUAGUUGGGCACCCUUUUGACACCAUCAAGGUCAAACUCCAAAGUCAACCUACUCCGUUACCGGGUGAGCUACCCAAAUACUCGGGUGCGAUAGACGCUGUUAAAAAGACAGUCGCCGCUGAAGGUGCGGGUGGCUUAUAUAAAGGUAUGGGUGCCCCACUUGCCACCGUGGCAGCCUUCAAUGCUCUCUUGUUCUCAGUCAGGGGUCAAAUGGAGACCCUUUUGAGGUCCAGCCCUGGUGCACCCUUGACCGUGAACCAGCAGUUUGUCGCUGGAGCCGGUGCUGGAUUCGCAGUCUCGUUCUUGGCCACCCCAACCGAGUUGAUUAAAUGCAGACUUCAGGCGCAAGGCGCAAGUGCAACCGCCGGUGUAACAACGGCCGCAGUGACAGAAGCCGGUGCAGCCACCACAGCAGCCGGUGCAGCCACAGCGAAAGCAGUGAAGUACGGUGGUCCAAUGGACGUGGCCAAGCAGGUCUUGAGGUCGGAAGGUGGAGUUAGAGGUCUUUACAAAGGUUUAUUCCCCACGUUUGCUCGUGAAGUACCAGGAAACGCGACAAUGUUUGGUGUAUAUGAAUAUCUAAAACAAUACAUGGCUGGUGGGACCGACACUUCAGGGUUAGGUCGUGGCUCGUUAAUGCUGGCAGGUGGGUUAGCCGGCGGUGCGUUUUGGGGUGCGGUUUAUCCAACAGACGUUAUCAAGAGUGUGAUCCAGAUUGAUGAUUAUAAGAACCCGAAGUAUUCCGGGUCUAUUGAUGCAUUCAAAAAGAUUCUUAAAGCUGAAGGAGUUGGUGGUUUGUAUAAAGGUUUCGGACCAGCAAUGGGUCGAAGUGUCCCGGCUAAUGCUGCUUGCUUUUUAGCGUAUGAAAUCACAAGGUCUAGCUUAGGCUAGAUGUCGUGACGUCAUGAUUUUUAACAUUCGUUUUCAGUGAUUCAAAUUUGUCGUUAAAAACGCGUUGAAAUAGUUUUUUUUUUAUGGCUCAUUUGUUUGCUUCAUUUCCAGUUAUGUAACCUCCACAUCCACUGUUAUCAUGUUAUAUUAACUUAUAUCCUAUGUUUAAAAAUA